AUGGUCGAGCCCGUAGGCGCACUCCAGCCCAGCGUCGAGCAAGAACCAGACAACCUUGCCCAAGAGGCAUCGACAGCUGAUCAUGAGCAGGCCAGUAGCAGGCCCAUCCAACACCAGAGCUUGCCUUGGAAUGUCCCCAGCUCUCCUUGGGCGAGUCAAGCGAGCUACAGCGAGCACAACUCAGAGCCGCUAGUGGUCCCUGCCAAUCCUUUCGAUCGGCCAAGCCGCAGACGCCGGAAACGGGUGGCUCGAGAAGAUUUACAGCCGGCGGUCCAAUUCAGCCCGACUCCUUUUCUCAUCCCUUCACCGCUGACUCAUACAGUCUCGAUUCCAAGCGAAGAUACGCCUUUUCCAAUCGACCCUGCUCACAUACCGCUUCCAUCAAGCAGGUCUUUCAGUUCGACGAGUAGAUCAAGGUUGUCAACUUCUUCCGUUGACAUUCCACCAAGUUCUCAUCCCACAAGCCCGAUACCAGUUAUCUCUGAAUCUCAAUCUUAUACCAAUCGUCGAUCCACUUCGCUCAGCAGCCCAGCCGCCUCUUCCGCAACGUUAUUUGCCAUUUUACCACAUCCAGUGACCACGCCAACAAGAAAAGGUCGCAUAUCUGAUCAACUGGCAGGACUACUCGGCGAUAUUGCAAACGAGUUCGAAAUUGUGACGGACGGGUUGGAGAAAUUCUAUGGUUAUGCCAUCUUUUUGCGCAUCCCUUCUUUGUACUUCUCCCGCGUCGCCCGAAUCUUCGAAGAUGCGCAAACCAGCAAACCAGAUAUACGUCGCAUGGCACGUGCUAGAGCGACUCAAUGGAAGAGACCGAACGAGAUUUUUACGUGGGCGGACUACGAUCCAACGCCAUUGCCCAGUUCUUUGCUUCAUCUGCGUGCUUCCUGGGAGAACUUUAUCGAUUCGUUGAUACGUGAGUGGAAGACCUUUAACGUGGUCAGCGUGCUCCUCAUGUCGGCCAUAUUGACGCUGCUGCAAAUCGACAGUGCUGGGCACCCGAUCACCCGUACGACAGCGCUGUUUUCGUUGAUGUGCUCCCUGUUCAGCUUGUUAUAUGGCUGUAUGUAUAUCACCAGGUUCGGAACUAUGCGUAAAAUGCACAAAGCCGCUGCGCUUGCUCAGGCCCUCGAAAGCAACAACGAUACCGUGAACAUUUGGUGGAACGCGUGGAUCAUGCUUGCAAUGCCGCUGACCUGGCUUGCAUGGUCUAUUGUCACAUUUCUGGCCUCGAUCAUGUCGUUUAUCUGGCUAAGCGGCUCCUCGCAAGACGCCCUGCCCACACUCUCCCCCCGCGCUGCGCUUGGCGUGCGCCUUGCGUUGACGUGUGUGAUGGCAUUUGGGAUUUUAUAUUUUGGCCUCAUUGUCCGUGAGUUCCAACACUACGGCGAUGCGAUGGACCGUGCUUGGAUGGAGUCCAUCAAGGAAGACCUGGAAUUGCUGCCCCAGCCACUGCAGGCACCUCCGGUUUUUCCAGCGCCGUUCUAUAACCCAUAUGUGCCAUAUCCACCCAUGCCAUAUUACCCAUCCAUGGCGCCAUAUCCACCCAGACCCCCACCCAGACCUGCUACUCCCCACAGUUUACGGUCGUCGUUGUCGAGUAGUGUGUCACGACUCGAGACGCGUCCAUCAUCACCAUCAGCACUGUCAUCACGCUCUGCAUCACGCUCUCUACCAGAGGCCAUCGUUCUUCAAGAACCACACACUCAAGAGCCCCCCAUACAGAAUCCAAAUGCAUUGCUGGGCAACAAUAGCCUCGGACUUGGAGGGAAUCUGCUCAACCGCUCGAGCAACGGACAUGCGACUGACCAGACUUUAAAUGGCAUGGUGGUCGCUGAUGACGAGCAAAGGAAUUCCGAGUCGGGUUUAACUUUAGAUAAGGACAAUAGGGCCCGUUUCGAGCAGGCCUUAUUGUCGGCGUGGAGCGGGCGAAUGGGGGACGACGGCGUGGAGACCGCCAGCCUCAGUGCGCGCGACCCGCUCGAUCCACACAUAGUGCAGCAAGUUUGGGAGCUGUGGAACAUGGGGUAUUUCGACCGGCAACAGGGGCGGUAUAGUGUCGACAUCCAAGCGGGUUCUGAGGCGGGGGAAAGCCAGGCCCCCCGAGAAGCUGUCUGA